CACGCAUGCGCAUUUGAUGAAGGCCGGCUCCUCCUGCGACGUCGGGAUUCUGGAAUUGAUCCUAUUAGACUUGUUUUUGCUCCAGAUAUAACUCUGUAUCCCAAAGGAACAUGAGUGGCCAACCAGUAAAGAUAAAGACUGUCUCUAUCCUAGAGGAGUACACCAUAGAUUGGACCCAGAAACUUGGUACAGGGAUCAACGGACCAGUCAGGCCAUGCCAACAUAAGAGAAGUGAGGAGAGGUUCGCUCUCAAGCUUCUCACUGAUAAACCAAGUGCUAGGGCAGAGGUCAACCUUCAUUCUCGUUGCAGUGGUCAUCCUAACAUUGUGAAGAUUGUUGAGGUCUAUUCUAACGAGGUCCAGUUCCCGGGAGAACCUGCCCCAAGAAGUCGCCUUCUGGUCGUGAUGGAGCUGAUGGAUGGUGGGGAGUUGUUUGAUCGGAUCAGCAAGCAGAAAAGAUUUACUGAAAGGCAGGCAGUCAUUCUGACCAAACAGAUUGCAUCAGCUGUAUUAAGAUGUCACAGUUUAAACAUUGCUCAUAGAGACUUGAAACCAGAGAACCUUCUUCUUAAAGAUAACUCUGAGGAUUCACCGGUCAAGCUUUCAGACUUUGGAUUUGCAAAGGUUGAUGAUGGAACAUUGAUGACACCUCACUUUACCCCAUACUAUGUAGCACCUCAGGUUCUUGAAGCACAAAAAAGACAGAGACGGGAACAGAAGAACCUAAUCCAAACCUCGCCAAGACCAUAUACAUAUGAUAAGGGAUGUGAUAUGUGGUCUCUUGGGGUGAUAAUCUACAUCAUGCUCUGCGGCUAUCCACCUUUCUAUCCUGACACACCCAGCAGACAACUCUCAAAGGACAUGAGACACAAGAUCAUGGCUGGUCAAUAUGAAUUCCCUACAGAAGAAUGGUCACUUAUAUCAGAUGAGGCAAAAGAUGUUGUGAAAAGGUUACUGAGGGUUGAUCCAUCAGAAAGACUUAACAUUGAAGAACUCUGCUCACAUCCCUGGCUGAAAGAGAAUUCAGCACCAAACACAGAACUGCAUUCUCCUGCAAUAAUGCUAGAUAGGAAUAUGCUUGACAAUGCUAAACAGGCCCACAGUGAACAGCUAACUGCCAUGAGAAUACCUGAAAAGAAAGUCACUUUGAAACCUGUUGCUAAGGCUAACAAUCCUAUCGUCAGGAAAAGAAUUCACAGCAGAGGUCAUUCCAUAGACAACAGAACAGGAGAGGAACAGCCUCCUAGGAAACAGAACCGAGAGAUUUCAGAGGGUCUCAGAUGUCUUAGGAAUGUUAUUGCACAUUGUGUAGUACCGCCUAAAGAUACCAAUGGGGAAGAUACACUAUGUGAGCUAAUGAAGAGAGCUUGUCAAUAUAACACAGAUUGUCCCUCCCUUGAUAAAGCACUACAUAACCUAUCAUGGAAUGGAGAACAAUUUUGCCAUAAAGUUGACCACUCAGAACUAGCACUUCUUCUUAAGGACAUUGUAGACCAAAAGGAAAGGCAUGGGAAACACUGAAUCUUUCUUCUUCAAAUUCCUUUUGAUAUUUGGUGUAGACAGACCAACAACAAAACAAGACAGUAAACAAUCUACAAGGCUAUUCAUCAAGACAAGAUCUUCAAGUUAUUUCAACAGGAAAGUUCACCCUAAUAUCAAGUUGGUUUUAAGAACAUGAGAAUAUAUAAGAUACAAAUAAGGGAGAGUGAUGUGAUAUCUUUUUAGAAUUUUGAAAUUGAUUUGCUAUAUUUCAAAAGUAUAAUGAAAGGAACAUGAAAGAAAACUCUUGCAAUGGGGAACUGCUGAAAGUGUUUGGAUAGAGAGAUGGCUUGAUCAUGUAACUUUAUGCAAUUGCCCCUUUUUCAUUUAACCUGUUGCAUACUGGAACCAGGUGAUCUCGGUACAAAGGUUGUGGGUGUUAAAAAAUUCAGUAGUUGAUAGGUUAAAAGAAUAAAUCAAGGGCAAGUUUGGGUCAUCUUGUCCACCUUCAGCUAAGUACUCUUUCACUGUCCAUGUCUUGGAAGUGUUUAACUCUUUCUUUUACUCUGAAAUUGAAUAUAUUUUAUUUGUAUGCUUCCACAUCAUACCAUAGGUGGUCCCAGAGGUAUUAUGUUUCAGUUCAUCCGUCCGUCCAUCCGUUCUAGCGAUAACUGAAAGAAUAUCUUGCGUAUCAACUUACAACUUUAAUAGUCUAGGUAUACAUACAGGAGUGGCAAUGAUCCAAUUAUUUUCGGGGGUAUCAAUGCAAGAAAAUCUUGGAAAUAAUAGAACUGUUUGAGCUUUCAACUUCAAACGUGGCUCUUUGCAUGCAGCUGGGAGUGGCAUUGAUCUGAAUAGAUUUGAGGAAUAGUGAGGUCUCAGAGGCCAUUAUAUACAUUGUAAUGCCUUGUUUUCGCGAUGCCUGAAGGACAACAAUCCAAUUAGAUUCAGGGUCAUGAAGUCAAAGGUCACUUGUGAAAAUAUCUCUUUCACACAAUAAUUGAAGAAUCUUCUUUGAGGUAUAUCUUCAAUCUUGCUUUACGUUUGCAUGUAUGGGUCAUGAUGAUCUGCAUUGAUUUUGGGAUUUCAAUGUCACUGGAAAAAGGUCGAAGAAUUUGUUAAUUUUAAAUUCUAGAGGCUUGGUGUAUAGUAUAGGGGUCAGGCCAAUGAUGGAAAAGUGUAAAGAUCACUCGUAACUUGAUUAGAAUUAUUGUGCAUCUAUGAAUCAGAAAAAGAUCAUUUUUAUAUAUUUAAUGGACCAAUUUAUUAGUGGGAAUAUUUUAAAUAUAGAGUACAUUUUUGAGAUGCUAGGCUGUUUCUUUACUUAAUAUAUGUCUUGUUUCCUUACUUAUUAUCAGGGUAGGCUACCCCAGGGUGGUGUUUCAUAAAGUUGUUCAUAAGUUAUGCACAGCUGGAACAUGUUCUUAGGUGAUAAGUUAGCUGCAUAUAUCAUUUAGCACAAGAAAGGAUCACCAGUCAUGUGUAAGGUCAGGCAUAACUUAGGAACAGCUUUGUGAAACAUUCCCCUAAUUGAUUAUAUUCCAUGUAUAAUGAGAAGUUUUACACUGUAAUCACCAGAGUAGUUCAUGUAUUUAUCCACAUAUAACAAAUCUAUAUUUUGGCCAUUAUGUACAGUAUUGACAUAGCUUAUACACUAAUACACUUGGAGGGACAAAAGAUAUGCUGUAAGAUCCAGUCUGAAUAAGAUGUUUACUUCUUUCUUUUUGCACAAAAAUGGUGCAUUUCACCCUUUGAGCUUGAAUAUGAUAUUUGUUUCUCAUAUGAAGUUAAUUUCUUUCUUUUAUGAUACUCUUUGUGGUCAAAGAAAGCACCCUGGCUCUAACUAUUUAUGCAUGAUAGCAUUUCAUUGCAUAAUACCUAUCAGGUACUUAUCCCCCACCUGGGUUGUCUGUUGCAAACGUAGAUUGAUGAUUUGCCUAGUCAUAAUUAUGUUUCAGUGGCAGGAUCCACAAAUUUUUAAAUCAUGAUUGGGGGCUGUGUCUUAAAGCUGUGUGAAAAGAUGAAAGCAGCUAUGUGGCAAGUUCCCCCAAGUCUUCGCAGUCUCCCUUGUCUGCGCACAUGCGUAUCUGCACGAUUCUAGUAAAAGAAGAUAUGCAAAGAACACAAACUUUACACAUGCAAUACAUAGACAGAUAUUCAUUAAAUCAGAUUAAAAAUGGUGGAAUAAUAAUGAAUUUUGGAUACUUCUUGUGACGACCUCAAAAUGAAGCCUUUCUCAUCAAAAUCCCUGAAUCGCGUUCAAAGUGAAUCGGUGCGCAGACAUGGGGCACCAUUUUUUGUUCAAUCUGAAAAUGACUGCCCUAGGUUUUUUCCAAGAAAAUCAUAUUUUUCAAAUUUUAUGAGAUAUUUGGCAUGCUAACUCAUAAUGAUGUACGGAACAUUAUCAACAUUAACCUUAACUAAAAUUGUUAGGUGCGCAGACUUGGGGACCACCAUCAUACAAAGCAAAUGGAAUCUGAGAAUCCAAGGCGGUUUAUCCUUGUCAGUCCAUUCAUAUUAGCUAAAGUUGAAGGACACUGAUAUUAAUUCACAACAUUACUACUAACAUAGGUGGUUAGUAGGCCUACAGUGUGUAUGCAAUUUCAAUGAGAUUCUUAAAUGAACUGCAAGAUUUACUUGAAUUAUAAACCAUUUGGCUCAUAUUUUGGCAUUCUAUAUUCAAGUUGUUCAUAGAGCCAUGUGUAACUUUAAGAACAGCUUUGUGAAACACCCCCCCCCCCCUCUCCUGAAACUUAUCCAUUACUGAUGCUUUUUCAGGAAGCUGGUCCUAAGCUUACUGGUGAAAUACUCUUGGGUGCCAAUCAAACUCAAUCAUUUUCAUUCACAUCAACUCGAGUUGAAAUAUAAUGUUUACCAGUUAAGGAAUUCUUAUGAUUUACAGGUAUUGGAGUUGUACGUUAACAGAAAGGAAGUUUGUUCAUCUCAUUAAAAGAACAUGGUUCAGUUAUUCAUGAAGUAACUUUGACGGCAUAAUGAAACAACCCUUUGAACACAAAGACAAAAUCAAUAUGAAUUUGAAUAGAUAGUACUUGAUGACUGCCACUGAUUUGUUUGUAAUUAUGGUUAAAAUGAUUGUAUAUUUGUCCAUAAUGAUCUCAGGUUGUGUUCAAAGUACAGUGUAUACAGAGAAGAGACAUUCCAGCUAAGCUAGAGAAUUGUGUUAGUAACUGCAAAUCUUAGCUGGUUUCAGCUGGUUCUAAUUGUUAUUGUAAUAAAGUUAUCUUAUUGAUUUAAAUCUGGACCUUUUGUAACAUGGGUAACACUUCCUUGUGAUACCAUAGAACUGUGUUGCCAUGCCAAUGAUAUAUAAAGGCUAAUCAAUAAUCCGUGGUAGAUAAUAUUAGCUUAUUUUUGAAGGUGCAAGGGGAACUUCAUGUACUUCUUUUGACUGGUCAUGCUAAAUCAAUAUUCAGAGUACUGCCCUGCUGACUUGACUUCAGAAAGAUCAGAAGUGUGUAACUGAUAUUUCAAAUGGACAUUCUGUAUAUAGCAGUACAGAAGGAGGUGAUGAUCAUGUGAUGAAAAGGAGCAUCGUGAUAAUGCAAAAAUAACAAUUCUAGAUCAUCCAUGUAAUAACUCAAUAUUACAUUUUCAUGCCUUGACUCCAUAUAUACUCUGCCAAUAUUUAUGGGUAUUCUUCAAUAGAUGUGGGGGUAUAAUUUAUAUAAAGCAAAGUGAGAAUUUCAGAUUUUUGUGAAGAAUUGAUAUUUUCUUUCUUCAUAAUUUGGUCAUUCAUUUCAUUAUAUCUACCAUCAAUUUGGGCUUAUUACCAUUUAGUCUGCUUGGUCUAAUACCCACUUAUGUAAUUUGCACCUGCCCAGUUGGUAGAAUUUCCACUUCGUUUUAUUAUUUUUUAUACUUUCUCAAAUGAAAAUUUGGUAAAUGAGCAGUUUGUCUUACCUAAGCAAGUGGAUAUAUGGGUAAAGCUAAAGCAAGAAUAAGAAUAAAUGGUAAACAGAAUAUAGAGUGGCAAAUAGACUGAAAGGUUAUUUGGUUAAUUUGUUGUAGAUGAAGUAGGAUUAUAGUUAGACCAUCUGAGAUAAGACCACAUGGGCAAUAAACAAAGUGGUUGUUGACCAAAUGGCAAUUUAUCCAUCAUAUUACAUUACCUGUGUGGCCAUAGAUUUUACUACUUCUUGUAUUUUUUAGAAAUUCAUUAGAUCUUUAGCCUGAUUUUUUUUGGAGGGGGGGGGGGGUGGGGGCCUAAUUACACCUUUGAUUUUCCCUUUUUUUACAUGGCUUUUGAUUUUAGUUGGAUUCCCUUUUAACUUAACGUCAUACACACUUUAUUGAAGAAAAAAAGUCAAUCAUACAAUUUGUCUUUGAGUGGAUGCACAUUCAAGUAAGGUUAUUGUUCUUAUUUAGCCUGUUCAUUUAGAAUUGUAUAUUAAAAGUGAAUUGAUAAGUUAUUUCCAGUGUUAAAAAAAUUCCAGCAUUUAUUUUUAUACAGUAUGUGUAUGUAUGUUUGUAGCAGUGAAAAAUAAAUGUAUUAGAUGUGCCUGACCUUUUUUUUACAAGAGCAUGCAAUAUCUGAUUUUUAGAAUUUAGAUUGAGCUUCCAAUGAUAAAAAUUUAUUAAAGUUGAAAAACACAAUGAGUGGUAUCGAUUGCAUUGUACUGAAGAAAUGUGUUAAGACUAGAUUGAUAUUAUGUAAAUAUUGCAAAAAUGUAGACAGAAUUACCUCAAACUGCUCAAAGAAUUGUGUGAUUUGGGUUUCUACUUAUUUGGCCAUUCUUAUUGAAUGAUCAAUAAUAAUAAUAAUAAUAAUAAAAAUAACAAUGUAACCAACUCUCAAUGAUGGAUGUGUGUGAUUAAAAGAUUAUUGAAACAUUGUACUUCUUGUUUGUUACACAUUGUCAAUUUCACUGCCAAUAUAAGUUAAUUUUUAUAGGCCCUGUUGACUGAUUAAGAAUAAGCUGUAAUUACUUCAUAAGUUGACCCUUUUUUUCUUUUUCCAAGACUAUGUGCAAGGCUCCAGACUAUUUUUUGAUUGCCCGAUCAGUCCACCAAAAUCAUUGGUAUUAAUGAUCAUUGACAGUGGAUUAUGGCAGUCUUAGUUUGUGAUUUUGUAAUACAGACCUCAGACUAAUUCUGCAAGAAUAGGUGUUGUAAUUGAAUAAUAAUACAAUGUGUUUUGUUCAUCUUAAACUAUCAUUUUGUUAUCCAUGCAAUAUAAAUUCAGGUAACAAAUUAGUACUUUAUGUGCAAAAAAUAUUUUCUGAAUAGUGUACUACAUACUACAAAAUUUUAGUUUAGUUUAUGGUUGAUUUGCUGAAUCAUCUUUGCAAUAGAGGUUCUACUUUACUGAUAUAUUUUAUAUUAUUACAUUUGAUUAAUUCAAUAGCAUUCAUAAAAUUUGACUUUAUAUGGUUUUAUAUGGUCUAUCUCAUUUUGUAUUUCUCAUUAGAGAUGUAAGUGUACAAAAACUAAAAGUAUUGUUUGUAUUAAUUGAGUAUGGAAAUGUAUUUUCACCCAUACUUGAUGUUCAGUUGAUCUGAAACCUAUGUAUUUCUGUAUGAAUAUUUUCUUGUAAACUCUUAUUAUUUAUAGUAUACAAACCAGAAGUUGAAAAGAAUAUAAGGAAAUCCUGCGUUUUCAAGCUUUGAUACUUUUUAUCUAUGACUCCUCCAAAUACAGCUUACUAAUUUUAAUUUCAUGUUUAUCACACGUUUUUAUGAAUUAAUCGUGAAAUGUUUUAAAAAACUUUUUAGAGAGAUAUUUCAUGAAAUAAUUUUGGUUCCACUUCCUAAUAGGAAAUCAAUUUUUUUGGCCAUCUUUGAUUAUUUGAAAACCCACUCAAGAAUAUGGUUUGUAUAUACCAUUAUGGUCUUUUAAUAUUUGACAGGUCAAAUUAUAUUUUUCAAAAUUUUAUAUUAUGUAGUAAUGACUACAUGAAUUUACAUUUUAUUGCAAUUAUGUAAUGUUUUUUUCUUUUAGAGUUGCUGCCUUCAUGAUGUCAUUACUUGGCAGAUGUUAUUUACUUAUAUUCUUGUCUAAGAAAUAGAGGAUAAUGGUUUGUGGAAAUUAGCAUGUAUUGCUUUAUAAAGACAUUUAUGGAAACCU